GAUCGGAACGGGCAACCCGCGCUGACGAAAGAUGUUACAUGAGCCUUUCCCACAUGACUAGGAUUUAUGUCCUGUAUGAGCCGCUUUCCCUCCACUUGGCCAGCGAACGGGAUCGGGGGAGGAUGCAGCAGCUGCUCUGGUUCCUCGUUUGGUUCGUAUGGAGGGCGAUGGGGACCAUCACGACUCAGAAGUUCUUUGCCCCCCAGAACUCGAACAUGAAGAUCACGUCGCCGAUUCGAGAGCUUCUUGUUCUUUCGGAGCUUCAGUGCGCCAUGGCUUGCAAGCUGAAUUCAACGUGCUUGAGUUACUCCGUGACAUACAAUUCUGGGACUUUGAUCUGCCGCUUCGGAUACCGAUACGACGAGCCGAGGGCUGCCGAUGCAGAUAGCAAGUUCUUCUACAGAGAUGUGCCAGCAGGGUACAACCUGGUGCCGGGUACGAGAAGUUACGUGAAGAUGACCGUGCGGAGCAUCCUUGGAUAUGACACCGGGAUGGCGUGCAAGAAUGAAGGCGGUCUCCUGGUCUCCUCCUCUGACAAAGCGGUGCACGACUACACGAAGUAGCUGUGGGCCAAUCGACCGUCUGGGAGCAAUUUCGUGGUCGGUGGGGCUAGCGUCGGGACCUGGAAGACUUGGAUAUUUCCAGAUGG